AUGGUGGCGCGCACGUCAGGGUUCGGUUUCUCCUAUGCAGAGUUGCUGGAGGAUGGGCGGUUAGUAAGCUGCCGGGGAGGACGGGGGUUGCGCCAGAGAGAUGCAUAUGACGAUGUGAGAACAGAGGAGGCUUCCCCGGCGGAGGCCAUCGCGCUAGACUAUGACAAGCGGCUCGGUGCUAUGUUUGCGUGGAUGGUCGUGUUCGAGAAGGGGGGGAAGCCGGGAUGCCCGCGGAUCCUGACGUGGUGGGUGCAAUUUCGCCGCCUCUGCAGCAGCGCCGUCCUUGUCAUCACGAGAUCCGACCGGCCGGUCGUCGCGGGCUCCCAGGCGAUCACAAGUACCGCGGCCACCGAGAAUAGCGGGGGCUCCCAUUGGCUGGCAGGGAGGAGAGAAGUUGAUCAGGCCAAGCUCGGGGCGUGUAGAGAGGAGAUCUGGCGAUCGCGCGCGCCCGGGGGGUUGGCGUUGAGUAUGCGGAAGCCCGAGCGUGAUGGAGCGCGACGCGUGGGCGGUCUGCCCCCAGUUUAA